AUGGCGGCCCACAUCCAGUGGUUUGGCCGCGGAGGACUCAGCUGGAGCAGCCUGGUGCCCUGGCUUUUGCACUUGCUACGGGGACGGUCCGCCCCGGCUGUCCUGCUCAUCUGCUGCGGCAGCAACGACCUCGGGAAGGUGAAGAGCGUGGACUUGGUCACAGCGAUGAAGCAGGACCUCCACAGGCGGUAUCCAUCAAUGGAGGGACGCCCAGCCGGGGCGGAUCAAUCGGGCAAAAUGUUUUAUUAA